AUGAAUUCUAUAUUUCAAGUUGGAUAUGAGAAUGCACUGUUUAAUAGAUUAUCAACUGUUGAUCUUCCACAAAAAACUUUAAACCAGAUGAUUAAAUUUGUUAGAUAUUAUAAUGUUAUGGAUAUAUGGGUACUUAAUAAAGUAUUAGAUAAUUAUUCUAAAUCACAACAGCUUAUUAAACUAUUGAAAGAGUUUGUUGAAGAAGUGGAUGAUAAUAAUCUAUCUGAUUCUGAAGAAAGCUUACAAGGUGACAGUACUAGUGAUAAAGAAAACUAUGACUCUGCAACAGAAAUUCAAAUACAAAGCUCAAAGAAACAUAAAG